UGUUCACAGAGAUACUUUGUUGUUAAAGCGGAUUGUUCAACAGCGAAAUAAUGCGCAACAUUGCUACGACUGACAUUUAGGGAAGUUUUAAUAGACAUUAUUGCUGUUAAGUGAUGGACUUUAGUUGAAAGGAACAGAAAUAUGCAGCUUUGACAACUCUCAAUUCUUCCUGUCUGGAAGCUGAUUGGCUAAGUUAAACGUCGGCUCAGCGUCUGUCAAGUAUGUUAAGUCUUUGUUUUAUUUUGUCAAAACUGUUGUGUUUGUCAGUAAAUGUGUAGUCAACUUUAGUACCGAUGUACGCUGUGUGUUGGGGUUUAUCUGUAGUUACCCACUCCAGCAAGUAACGUAACAAAAAGUCAACACAAGCUAGCAAGGUAGCGUUAGUGAGUUUGUUAGCUGGCUGGCUAGCCAGCGUUAGCUAACAGUUACCAGCCUGGGACGCAGCCUGAAAUCGAGGGUUUUGUCAAAGAAUCUUUCAUUUAUUACAUUGUCUGCAACGUGUGAAACUAAUUGUCUUUAUCUACCCGCUUGGCUGCGUCGGCUUUUGUUAGUUAUCUUCCUGUUUUACUUGUACGUGGUUUGUAUUGUUGGUUAUGUUAGCAAGUAAAGCCAUUCUAUUGUCCAUUGUUUUUUCAUCUACCGGUAAAGCUAACAACUAAAAGGUGACGUUAGUGUGAGAUGUGACGACCAGGGCAUGCUGGGUGUUCUGCCUGCAACGUGUUACUGCUUUGAUUUGAUCAAUAAGGCGUUAGCUUCAUUUCAAACCUGAGCUCUUUUUUAUUAGCAAGUUGAGAAUUUGCAACAUUCCUCUCAUUUGGCAUUCGUGUCAUUUAACGGUAAUGGUUCUGUUAUUAUUACUAGUACUACUACUAAUGUAUGCACAACAAAGCCACACUAUUGUGUGACGUUAAUAGGUCGACAAUACAUCAAAUACAGAUUGUUAUUAUUAGAUCACUGUGUUUCUAUCCAGCUUCCCACCUUUUUUCUGACAGUGUGUUUGUGUGUUGCAGAGUGCUGGUCCUGUCUCAGCCUCUCAGUGCAGCUGUGUAUCUACAGGUGCAGCUCCGAUAUGACUAAGAGAAGCCCGUCUCUUCAGCUUGUCAAAAGGAUGCUGAACCAUCACUGCAGAAGGAACCCUGAGCUUCAUGAGGAGCUGCAGAUCCAGGCUGCAGUGGCAGCGGGGGAUGUCUGCACGGUCAGGAGAAUGCUGGAGCAAGGAUACUCACCGAAGAUCCGGGACGCCAACGGCUGGACACUGCUCCACUUCUCUGCUGCCAAAGGGAAAGAGAGAUGUGUUCGAGUCUUUCUUGAGCAUGGAGCUGACCCCACAGUGAAGGACUUUAUUGGCGGCUUCACUGCACUUCACUAUGCUGCUAUGCAUGGCAGAGCACGCAUCGCCCGACUGAUGCUGGAAUCUGAGUUUCGCAGUGACAUUAUAAAUGCAAAAAGCAAUGACGGCUGGACGCCACUGCACGUGGCCGCCCAUUACGGCCGAGACUCGUUUGUACGCCUCCUCCUCGAGUUCAGGGCCGAGGUGGACCCCCUGAGUGACAAAGGGACCACACCACUACAGUUGGCCAUCAUUCGUGAGCGCUCCAGUUGUGUACGGAUCCUUCUGGACCACAGUGCCAACAUUGACAUUCAGAACGGCUUCCUGUUGCGAUAUGCCGUCAUCAAAGGAAAUCACUCAUACUGCCGCAUGUUCCUGCAGCGGGGAGCGGACACUAAUCUGGGACGCCUUGAAGACGGCCAGACGCCCCUGCACCUGUCCGCCCUCAGGGAUGAUGUGAUGUGCGCCCAGAUGCUGUACACGUACGGGGCUGAUGCCAACACCAGGAACUACGAGGGCCAGACACCAGUAGCUGUAUCUGUUAGCAUGUCUGGGAUCAGCCGGCCCUGUCUGGACUUCCUCCAGGAAGCCACCAGACAACCUCGGACUCUACAAGACUUGUGUCGUAUAAAGAUCCGUCACUGCAUCGGCCUUCAAAGCUUGAAGUUGUUGGAGGAUCUACCAAUUGCAAAGGUUAUGAAAGACUAUUUAAAACACAAGUUUGAUAAUGUGUGAAGGCAACAACAACAGAAGAGGAGAGGCUGACUUAAAAACUCUGUCAUUUAUAAAGACUAUGCAAUCACUAUCCUCGUCGUCUGGAAGAAAUGUCCACAGGUCUGUCCAGAUUGGUUCUCUGCUCCUGUUCUCCAUCUUAGCCUUUUUACAUUAGGAACAGUGGCUGACGAUUGGAAAUGGAUGUGAGCAAUGCUUCUGCUUUUUGUGGCAAAAAGAAGCUAGCAGUUAGCGUUAUUACCAUCUAUGUUGUCACUGUAAAAAUGUGCAUGGUGUUAUCCUCGUCAUCAAGUGCAAACUCGCCAAGUCUUUUUUUUUUUUUUACUUACCGAAAGUCAAAUUUUCUUUAUGACUGAAAUCAGCGAAGUGUUGAGCUACUUGGGUAAUGCUAGCUUUUUAAAAAACUCCCUGAUUUUGUUUCAUCACCAAAUAGUGAGAUCAAUUUUGGUUGUUUUGGCCUUGUUUGUUUUUCCAUUUAAUCUAAUGCCUAUUGUUAUUUAUUCUUUAUGUGCAGUCCUUUUGGAAAAUUGUUAAUAAGAACCGAAAUAAAUUAUUUCUUACUUAAAUUCCCAAAAUAGCCUGGUUCCAAACCUCUGAAUCACUGCCUGCAUCUCCAAUUUGUUCAAUGACUUAUUUAGCAGACAGGUGUUGUGCCCAUUGUCAGAGCUAGCUAGCUAUGAGACAGGUGUUGUGCUAGCUAGCUAUGAGACAGGUGUUGUGCCCAUUGUCAGAGCUAGCUAGCUAUGAGACAGGUGUUGUGCCCAUUGUCAGAGCUAGCUAGCUAUGUCGGAAGAAAAGAUGUCGGCCGGUAGCCCGUCCAAUCAUUUCAUUAGGGCCAAAUGAAUAAAUGCAUCUGGCGGUUUGGGACUGCUGCUGUGUGCUGCAACAAAACAAGAGAGUGUAUCAGUCAAAAGUAACACUCCCUGAUACGGGACAAUAUUUCAUUUCAUAAUUCAUUUCAUAAUAACAAGCAAGAAUAUAACAUACAGUUGAAAUGAUUUUGGAAUUUAAGUUUGAUGGGUAUAAGUAAUAAUUUGAUACUACCAGUUGUCUACACUAUGUGUUGGACAUUUGAGUUUGGAGUAAAUGCACUGUGAUAGAACUGUUCUGGACCAGUUGUUGAUGGAUUCAUUGAUGAUGAGGAAGGUUUUGGAUAACACUGACACAACCGCCACAAGCUACAGUCAAUGUAAAUAUAUUACAUGUACAACAGAUAUUUUUGUAGAAUUUAUUUAAGCAAUGAUCUCUGGUAUUCUUAAUGUAUUUAAAGUUUGGAAAGUAUUGUGAUCUGUUUGGUGUGACUCCAGUAUUUCUUUAAUUUUUGUGUGUUUCUGAGUUAAAGAACUCUGUCGUCUGAGAAUAAUUUGGAAUCAACAUUCGAUCUUUAUGGCAGAAAUGUUGGGUGCUUUCUUAAAAUUCAUCAUCUCUUGCAGGUAACUCUGUUGUGGAGAUUAUACUGUGAAUUUUUCAUUUUGACAAAUCAAAAUAAAAUAUAGGAUUUGGGAUCUAACUGGUCCCCAUGCCACAGGAAAUAUUUUCUUUCUGUGUCUCUGCAUGUGUUUAAUGAUAUUGUGUUGCACCUAAAGUUUGUUUUCCUAAAAUGUUGUAUUCACAAAUCCAUUCUAACAAUGUUCACCUGCAUUACCAUGUCAGUGUCAUUUUCAUAUUUGGAUUUGUCUGCAGCUUUGGAUCGAGACAUUUGGUGAAAAGUGCACAUUCUGACACGCAAACUGUGCUCUAUGCAGGUAAACUGAGAUUAACACUUGAAUACAUUUAAACAGGACUACAAACAGGCAGCGAGUGGGUCCGAUAGGAAGAUGGAUAGUGAGUGUCUAGGUUAGGGGAGCUGCAUUGAACACACUACAACCACAAAGAUACACUCGUGUGUCCUAUUUCAGGGGCUGCAUCUGUCAAAGUCUGCCUUUAAAGUGAGUGGAGUAACAGGUUGACAGAACCAGUCCUAUUUUAAAGGCUCCUCCAAAUGCAGUCUGGUUUUGCCUGAAUGUGAAGGAUGCUGUCUGGUGUCCUCUGGUUCCUAAAGGCCCCUUUACACUGUGUGUCCCCAAAGGUCUAACAAACCAGCGAGUGCAUUUCCUCUGAGGCUGAGCAAAAUAUUGAUAUUAUAUAUCGAUAUUGUGAUAUGAGACUAGUUAUUGUCUUAAAUUUUGGAUAUGGCAUAAUAUGUUUUUUAAUGCUGCAUUACAGUAAAGUGAUGUGACCAUCUUACCAGACUGUUCUAGCUGUUCUAUUUGUCUUUUCCCAUUUUGUCGUUAUAUCUGCAUUACUGAUUUUUAAAAAAUCAAAAAUCUCAUUUUGUAAUAGCAAUAGUUAAUUAACACCACAAAAUCAUCGCAAUAUCAUUAUUAAGGUAUUUAAUUUCCUCCCUCAGAAAACUGGCUGCAUUCAAACAUGAACACAUGAUGAGAGUACAUGACAUACCUCUGCUUGCAUAUGUCUUUUCUAUUUCCAUCUAGAUCCACCAAAGCUUCUUCACACAAUCUGACACGUGUCAAAACUGAUAUUGCAGACUGCAACUAAGACUUUAUGAGACCAUCUCACACAAUGUGGCAUACGAUGAGCCCGUAAGAUCGCUGUUAUCGCCCAGUUUAUCGGGGCCUGAAUCCAUUGAAUGCUGCAUUGAUAUUUGUUUAAUGGUGCCCUUGGAGUUUGGUAAUGUUUGUGGUGACCACUUUGUAUUUUCCAGUUGGCCAUCAGUUGUAACAAGUUUAAACAUAUUUUGUCAAUCCCUACAGAGAUAAUAUAUACUUUGAAUACUCCUGAGUUACUUCUGUUAUGUUCUACUUUGACAGCCAUUUGAAACCUCCCAACACUAAACUUUUAUUUAGAUAAGGAUCAUCUGAAAUAGCCUGUUCUUUGUGAGGGCCGGGUGUCUCUUGGUGCACAGGUACAGCCCUCAGUCUUCUCAAUGACACUUGAGUAGGCUGUUUCCUUUAAAAGAGGCAGUCGCUGAAAUGGAACUAUCACGAAACCAGACAGUAUUUGUAUAGGCAUUCAUUUUCUAUUUCACAAUGUGAGUUUUGUAAAUAUGUAUAUGGGCUGUGUUUUUGAUUGUAGGUCCAGAAGUAGAUUCAAUGUCUUGAAUCUAAUUGAUUUGACUAUU